AUGCACAGUGGCUCAGAACAGCUUGAAAAGGAGAGCUGGCUGCUUUCAGAUGGUAGCGGAGCCCUCCCCAGGGCGAUGAAGCUACCAUGCAGCACAAAUCGAGAAAGUGUAACAAGUUUUCCCGUCGGCAUGCUCACCCUGAUAGCAAUGGUGGUGAUGACAGCUGGCGAGGUUGACUAUGUGGCGAAGCACCAUUGGAUGAAUGGCCCUGCUAGCCUCAGCAGAUGUGCCAAGAUGGAAAACAACAAGACUAUGGGCUUCAGAGGCAUGAAUUCGAUGUGGGCUGAUUGUACCCACCAGGAAGAACAUGAAGGUGAACCUACGGAACUGGCUUGUGGCAACGCCAGGCAUGGAACAGUUUGCCAUGAACUUGGAGUUCAAGUCUUCAAGGCAUGUGGUGGCGACUGGCAUGGUUCACAUGUACGUGGAGUUCAAGUCUUUACGGCUGAGAUGUUGGAAGAGCUCAAGCUUCAAGUCCUUGGGAGACGCAACAGCGUGAACGCCUCUGAGGAAAAGAUGCCAGAUUGCGGUGCUUUUGCAAUGGAGAUGAACGUGGAGCAGGCAGUUGGUGUCGAAUGCAAUCAAUGCUGUGAGUUGGCAGCCCUGAACAACUACAGCUUGGACAAUGUGACCUUCGAGCCCUACAUUGAGUUUGGCAUGGCAUUCAUGAACAUGCAGUUCGAGGUGAUGGGCUACAUGGUGAACUACGUCAAGGAGACCUACAUCAAUAUGUAUGACACCAUUAUGAACUUUGACUCCACCAAGUUCAUGGAGUUUUGCGCUGCAGUGGUGGCAAUGGUGAUGAUUGGCAUGAGGCAAACCUUCGAACUCAUGUCUGUCGAGAUGGUAUGGAGCAGCUGGUUAGCAACGAUGGCAAUUUGCUACAUGAUGAGCCACUUGGGCCUGCUGGUGACGAGAAACCCAACAAGUAGAUUGGGGAAGCGACGUUGUGGAGUUCAACGCGGACAAAUGAAGUUGCAGUUGAAGGCAUUGGUGUUUGCGUCAGUUGAUGGUGCCGUGGACAAGACCAAGGUGCAGUUGCGUGAUUGUCAAGGUGAACAGUUACAAGUUGCAGGCGUGAAGACAGCUAGUUUGGUGCUGCAAGACGAAGAUGGCAGUCAAGCUGAGUUGGAAACGCAAUUUGUGGUGAGUAGAAGGUUUCUGGAAAUGGAUGAACCAUUUGGACGCAUUGCAGAAGUUGACACAUAUGCUGGAGGUGAAUCGGUGACAAUUCUCACCAUUGUUUCCAAGGUGAAUCAGAACUUGGUCGACUUUGGUGGUCUUCUCGAUCAAGGUGGACAGCAAUUGGAAGUCAUGUGCGAGCCUGGACUGCCUACUGCUUCAGGAGGUGAAGAAGUUGAAGGAGCUGACAUGGAAGAUGGAGAUGAAGGUAUUCAAGGUCGCGACAUCCCUGAAUUUCAACAGCUUGGUCCUGUUUUGGUCGAAGAGCAAGCAGCUGACAAGAUUGUUGUGGGAGAGAUGGAACUGACAGCAAGAUCUUCAGUGGAAAGAUUGCGACAGGCAGCUCGAUAUCUACGUGUCUCAGCAUCUGGUUCCAAACAGAAGAUUUUCCAAAGAAUCAAAGAAGCACAUCUCACUGCUUUGAAGAUGAGUGCGUUGGAAAUUGCAAGACAGGAGUAUGAAGCUCUGGACCCCAAACCCAGGUUUGCAGAUGCACCAAAACAACCGAGUGCAAUGGAACGCAAGAUGCACGAGGUUGAUCUUUUUGCAAUGCCAAACAGCAUGGGUGUUUUGCUUAUGGUUGAUGUUUGGACGAAGUACAUUGGUGUGGAGCCAUUGCGCAACAAAAAUGCUGGUGUCAUUGGUGCAAUCAUAGCCCGGUUUCUGUCAAAUUUGUCCUACUUUGACACGAUCGAAAUUUCAUAUGACAAUGAACCAGUGCUUGCAGCAGGUGUCAAAAUGGCUCAGGUGAUACGCUCAAACCAAGGUCUUCCAAUGGUACUUCAACCUGGCAAGAUGUACUCCAAGUCACGUACAAGCCUAGCAGAGAGGUCAAUUCAGACUGUGCGUGCUCAGAGUAAAUGUCUCAUUGCCUACAUCGAGGACAAGAUGCAGAUGAAGUUGGCAGAAGAUCACGUACUUAGAGGAUGGGCAAUGGUGCAUGCUGGAUGGUUGCUGAACAGAUAUCAUUUGACAUCGAGCAGUGGCAUCACGGCAUACAUGGCUGUGCGUGGAAGGCCAUACAAAGGUCGUGUUUGUGCGGGUGAAGAGGCCUAUGCACUUGACAGUCUUCAGCAGAAGUAUCAAUGUCAAUGGAGAAAAGGAUGUUGGCUGACAAAAGACGAGGCUGACCAUGACAUCGUGGCCGUUGGUGAUCAGAAGCAAGGUGAAGCAGUACUCCAAUAUGCCAAAGAACACCCGGAAGAAGACGCAGAAGAGGAAAUGGAUUCCCACAAAGGCGGGGCAUUGUCAAAUCCUGCCGAUGUUCCUCCUCAUGAACUUCAAGGAGAAACUGGUGGUGCCGUGGCUUUCACUGAUGCAGAGAUGGAUGAACUGAUUCAAGCGACUGAGAAAAGAGACAGAGAAACCGAACUCAAGCUUCCAGUUGGUGUGAGACAGCGUGUGGCUGAAGCUGAAGCAACAAAGAGGAGCACAGAAAAGCAAUCAUCGAGUUCAGCAAAAUUUGUGAAAUUUGACCAUACUGCAACUGAGCAACAGAAGUCCAAACAGCAAAAGGCCGAGAUGUACAGUCCCACAUUCGCAGGUGAAAUUUCAGCAAGUCCAACAUCUGGCAGUGGUCAUGUGCGACAGGUGACCGAGGAGAUUGAGUUGUACGAGGAAGAUGAACCUGAGAUCAACAUUCCUCUUGAAACAUGGGACUGGGACGUGAACGAUCAGUUGUUGGAUGGUGAAUUUUCGCAGUUUGAAAUUUCCCCAGAGGAGAAGAAGCGUCGUGGCUUUCACAAUGAGGAAACUGGUCCUCCCAAUGUUUGUGCCGAAGAACUUGCAUGGUUGGACAAGCAAGCGAUGUUCACAGAGUUGGAGCGUUUGAGAAAGCUUGAUGUGAUUGGUGAUGUCCAAGAAGGAGUUGACGUUGAACAAACACUUCAUUUGGACACAAAACUUGUCAGAGAUUGGAGAUAUCGAUCUGGUUGCUGGACAAGACGUGCGAGAAUGGUGGCCAGAGAAUUUCGUGGACAAUGUGCCUCAACAGAAGAAACAUUCAGUCCAACAACACCGCUGAUGAUGGUGAAGGUGUUGAUUGGGUGA